UUGUAUGUAUUGUAUACAUACUGCAUAGAUAACAUAUUUGAUAGGCUAACUUAAAAUUACUAAAAUUUGCAAAACUAAAUUUCAAUAUUUACGAAAUUGUUUUGAUGUAUUUUUCGCACGAUUUGGAGCUCCAUUGUGUUGUAGUUAUCAACUAAUUUAAAUUUGUCGUGUCAAACGAAACAAAUGGCAGGAGACGACGAUGAUACUUGGUUGAUAGAACUAGAGUCUGCUCUUCUCGAUGGAUGUACCGCACAAGAAAUUAAUGCAUUAACGAAAGGAAAAAAAAUACCUGUUAGCUUACGUCCUGAUGUGUGGUUGUUAUGUUUGAAUUGUCAAGAUGCUGGAAACCAAUUGCUUUUGUUUGAUGAGAUAUUUGACUUACCUAAUCAGAAUGAAUUAAGAGAUGAUGUAAAAAAGUUUGUUGAAAAACUUGGCAAUGAAGAAGAUGAUAAAUUAGCAGUUAUAUCUGAUGUUGAGUCAAUAAUCACAUUUUAUUGCAAAUCGAAGAACACAACUUACACUUCAAACAAUGGUUGGAUUGAUAUUUUAUUACCUUUGUUAAGUUUGAAGCUACCACGGUCAGAUACUUAUAAUUUGUUUGAAAGGAUUUUAAAAUUGUAUACACCAAAGGGCUGUUCAAAAAAUGGAGUACCUUGCCAUAUAUUAAGGUUGAUACUUCAAUACCAUGAUCCAGAACUUUGUUCAUUUUUGGAUACAAAAAGAAUCACUCCAGAACAGUAUUGUUCACCAUGGUUGAAGUCAUUAUUUGCUGGUACAUGUAGUUUGGAUGUAGCUUUAUACAUGUGGGAUUUGUAUUUUCAAAGGUCAGAUCCGUUCUUCAUAUUUUUUCUAUGCUUAAUUAUGAUCAUUAAUGCCAGAGAACAAUUACUACAGAUGAAAAAUGAUGAUAAAACAGCCAUUAUACAAAUUCUUACCAAUAUGCCUGCAGAUUUGGAAGCAAAUGAUGUUUCGGAUUUCUGUUCAUUGGCUCAUUACUACUCAUUAAAAACACCUCAGUCUUUCAGAGAUGAUGUCUUAGAGGUCUUAUUUUCAGAAAGUGAAUUGGAAAUAAAUUCAAGACUGUACUCACAAGCUUUAUGUCUGCCUGUAGCAGUUCAUGAAUUAAUUGAAAGUGCAACAUUAGAAUUGGCAAAUUCAGAUAGUGUGAAAUUCUUUUUAGUUGAUUGUCGACCAACAGAUCAAUAUAAUGCAGGUCAUUUAUCCACCGCAUUUCAUCUAGAUUGUAAUUUGAUGUUGCAAGAACCUGCAGCUUUUAAUACAGCCGUGCAAGGACUAUUAAAUGCUCAAAGACAAGCCUUAGCUGCUGGAUCACUUGCUGCUGGAGAACAUCUAUGUUUUGUCGGAUCAGGUAGAACUGAAGAAGAUAGUUAUGCUCAUAUGGUGGUUGCAUCAUUUCUGAAGAGAAAUACUAAACAUGUUUCUAUGCUUGAUGGUGGCUUUGUGGCAAUUCAUGAUUAUUUUGGGCCUCAUAUGACAGAUUGCCUAGAGGAACACAAUGCAUCAGCAUGUCUUGUUUGUGUUCCAAAUAAUACCUCUGUUGGAAUGAGUAAAAACGUAGCCAGUGCAACCAAAACUAGUGAGAAUAUGAUUACUAAACAAUUGUUUAGCAAAUUGUCAUCUGCCAUGAAAGCUAAAAGUCAAGAAGUCAAAGGGAAAUUGAUAGAGUACAUAGUUAACCCAAAUUCCACAUACAAUAAUAGUGAAUGGCAUGUGUCUGCAAAUGAUAGAAAAGAGCAAAGGUAUAGAAAUGUACCACCUGUAUUUAGCAUAAAUGAUGAAGAUGAAGACUCACGGUCUGAUAGUUUACGUCAUGAUCUUACACUUUCUGAUUCUAUCGAAGAAAUAGUUAAUGUGCAGUCGUUUCUUAAGGAACCAAAUACUAUUGAUAAUUUUCAAUGCCAGGAAGUAUUACUUAAUGGAUAUAUGCAUGAUUCUUAUAUAGUUGUAACAGAAACACACUUAAUUGUUUUACGUGACAUUCCAAAUAAACGAGGCCUAGCAAAGAUUAUGUCUAGGAGACCUCUCUCUACUAUAGUUAAAAUAACAGCUAAGAAGAGGCAUCCAGAAUUAAUUACAUUUAAGUAUGGUAUUCCAGAUGGUGAUAAUUUACUAAUUAAAGAUAUGGAUAGAUUUCUUAUUCCAAAUGCCUCUGUAGCUACUAAAGUUGUAUCAAAUCAAAUUGUACAACAGUUGGAUAACAAAUUACAGUGAACUAUUAACAUUUUCAUAUUGACUUAGUUCUGAGAAGUAGCUUAUUUGCUACAAGUAUAAUGCAGAUGCUUAUCUAAGGACUAAGAAUUAUUUAAAAAAAAAACAACUAUCAUGUUAACUUGUAUACAUAGCCCUAUCGGAAUAAAAUGAUAAAUGUUGUAAUAAUAGUAACUGCAGGUUUGUUUGCGAUUAGUGGCAGUAAAAGCGCAUUUAUUUGUUGUAAAUACAAAGAAAUUAGCCUAAGAAAUUUCAGGAAUUUUAAAGUAUUUUAUUUCUUGAGUAAUUUAAAACAUUUGUCAGAUUUUAAUGAAAUUAUAGCAAAAUAAGUGAUUUUAAUACUUGAUCUUAAACUGAAUUGGGGCUGCCAGUAGACUCAACUUACUUUAACUUCAGAGUCCCUGAAAUUAUACAAUAAACAUACACAUUAUAAACAGUAGAUCAAAAUUAUCAAUACUUAUAAACUGUUUGAUUGUCAUUUUUAUUAUGAAAAGUUUGAUCUCUGGAUUGUUUGUUUUAAUUACGUCUGCAAGUGGUUGGAAUAGCACGGUUAAAUGUAAGCAAAGUAAUAUUACAUGAUAUUUUACAUUCAUUUCAAUAAAACACAGCCUAACAAGCCCUGCUGUAAACUGGGUAAUAGACAUACCCGUCAGUACACCCUAUAAAUGGUGAGUUGAUGUCCAUUUUCACUCGCAUAUAACCAUUAUACCUAUGUACUUAUGUGCUGAGUUUAUCGGUUGUAAUUGUACCGUUCCUGAAAGCGAAGUCUGGUCGUAGUAGUAGUAUUUGCUGCUAUGAUAACUUUAGGAGUUCAUGCACCUAAAAUUUCACGCAACAUACCUACCGUUUAAGUACCACAAUUAAUUAAGAUCUUCGAAAAUAAGAUGUCACGUAUACGGUUUUUUGUGGGUGUUGCUGGAAGCUCGGAGAAAAUAUUUUUUUGUCCAAAGAUGAUCCUCACAAAUCUUUGUGAACCCGUAUUAAUAGAAACAUCAGUAUAUCUGGUGAAUUCGCCUAUUUCAUCGGGAUGCGCAGGCUCAAUCGUCUCUUACCGCGAUCCCUAAAUUCCCAUAGCUUCAAUCUAUGUACUUACUAUAUACAUAAGUAUGUAAAAAUAAGUUGACCAGCAUGAAAUGUAAACUUUAGAGGACUGUUAUUUUAUAGUUUCAAUUUCAUCGAAUUAUGCUGAUAAGGUCUAAAUUAUUUUAAUAAAUGACAUCAUAUUAAUAUAUUUUUUUCUAAAAAGGAUUUUCUUCAAAUGUGUAUCAAUAAAAAUAUUUAACUUGUUCACCGAAGAACCCGCGAGGCUGGAGCAGCCCCUUUUCAAUGUUUAAUAUCAUAAAAAUAAUCCUAAACUUCCCUUACCCAUUUUAUCUACGCACGUCUAUUAAAUUCUCAAGUUUAUAACUAGUACAUCUAUCAGCUACUUAGCACUUAGUCAGCAUUGUAGCUUUACUUUUAAUGAGAUUUAGCUGAUGUGUUAAGUCGUAGACACUAACGAAGUUUGGGUUUACAUACAUUGUAUAAACAAUCUUUACAAUACCCACGUCAUAAAGAUUAAUAAGUAGGAUGUAGACACUAUCGACUAAAUAUUUUCUUGGAAGUGUCUAAAUUAAAUAGACUAACCUAGUCUGCAUAUUUCCUUUUUAGGUUUAUUUAAAUAUGUAGGUAUUAUAAUUGUACAAUGACGAACGUGCCUAUUUGUUAAAAAAGAAAUUUUAUGUGUGUUAUGUAAAUGUGAUAAAAAUAAAUUAAAUUUGUUUUCUGAA